AUGUUGUCUCGCGUGCAUUCUCUCCUGUCGAGCUCCCUUGGCCUCUCGUCUUCUAUUCGCCGCCUUAUACGGUCUCCCGCACCCUGUAAGUCCCUUUUAGCCUGUGUCCCAUCGCAGGCAAGCCGCCGAUUCCACGCGACGAAAACUCCCCCCCUUGUCUCGACCGAUGUACCUAAACCCCCUACCACGCGACUCGUCGCCGAAGGCGGUAUUCCAUUGAGCCCCUCGCAGGUAAAAGACCUGUUUACUGGGCGAUUCCCUACUGACUGUGAUCAUGAUGUGCUUGUCUUCAAAGAUCUAUCUCAGCGUGAUUACAAUAAGAUUGUCCACGGUUUUGAGCGCUCCCUUAGUGGGAGGUGGGGUCGACCCUCGGGUUAUCUUGUGUAUGGGGAUAGCUUUCAUACGGCCUCCGUGCUUCGCGCACCGCCGUCGGACGUUCACGACGCGCUAAUCUGGAACAUUGUUGAUCUCGUUACUAAUACGUUGAAGCAAGUAACCCGGGGUAAUAAGGAUUAUUCGUUUCAAGUGAUGAUGAACACGAGCACCCCCUCUAAAGAGAAAAAAGCUGCGAUGAAAAUUCCCGACAUUCGGAUUGCGAGACGGGAGCGCACUUCGCCUAGUGGAGAGAUCCCACCAAACAAAAUAGUAUUCGUCGCGGAGAUAGGAUUCACAGAAAGUGCGUCGAAUCUUGAGAAAAGCAUUAAUCAAUGGUUUAAAGUUAUGCCUGAAGUUAAUGUCGCGUUCCUUAUCAAAUUGGACGAACGACCACGGUUCAGUUCCAAACGCGCGUUCAGCCAUUUCCCCGAAUACGUGAUCGCAAACCCACAAGCAUAUAUCAACACCGAUACUGUAGCCUCAUUCAACCAAGGAGCUGCAGAGAUACAUGGUGUUAACUUUGUGGGUAAUAUAACCGCUUAUCUUGAAAUCUGGAGGAGAGGCCCUGACGGCGGCGCGGAGCUGAGUGGCGAACGAAUCAGAUUCUACGACUCGUCCCGGCUGCUCAAUCCACCGAAACUAGAGCUAGAUACGGCUGCCUUUGGUUUCUCCCCAAACGAUCGACAACACGAAAAACUGGUAUUAGAUUGGGUAGAAUGGGAUGAGGCACUUCGAGGACAGACUGGAGAGUUGGCACGCAAGCGGUUUUUUUCUACCCUCAAUAAAUAUUGUAUGAUGGAGACAGAAGGUUCAAAGUAA